AUGGCUAGCAGUCCAGUCACACAAGUAGACCAAAUGGCUGCAUGGCGUGCACGGAAAGACGCGCGACGGGCGACUGUCCAGAGCAAAUACACCAUUCUCGGCUUCAUCUCCUCGGGAACAUAUGGUCGCGUAUACAAGGCUAGGGAAAGGGAUCCGCCAAGUAAAGACUCGCCAUUCGAUGUCACCGUCGAGCCAAAGCUCUUUGCUAUCAAAAAAUUCAAGCCAGAGAAAGAGGGCGAACUCAACCGCGAGAUCCAACAUGAGAACGUCGUGGCACUCAAAGAGGCCAUAUUAGAAGACAAGUCGAUAUACAUGGUAUUCGAAUACGCAGAACACGACUUUCUUCAACUCAUCCAUCACCACUCCCAAGUGCGAAGAUCCAUCGGUCUCGCUGUCCUCAAAUCUCUCAUUCACCAACUCCUAAAUGGCCUGGUAUAUCUCCACAGCGUACACAUUCUCCACCGAGACCUCAAACCUGCCAACAUUCUCAUCACCGCCAGCGGCGUCGUCAAAAUUGGCGACCUGGGCCUUGCACGACUCAUCUACCAACCGCUCCAACCGCUCGUUCAGGGUGACAAAGUCGUCGUCACAAUCUGGUACCGCGCACCCGAACUCCUCCUAGGCGCAAAGCACUACAACUAUGCCAUCGACUGCUGGGCCGUCGGGUGCGUCUUUGCAGAGAUGAUCGGUCUCAAGCCGAUAUUCAAGGGCGAAGAAGCCAAGAUUGAUCCCAAGAAGAAUUUGCCUUUUCAGAGGGAGCAGUUGGGCAAGAUUUUUGAUGUCCUUGGUCCGCCGGAUGAGAAAAAGUGGCCAGAUUUGACGAUUAUGCCAGAGUAUAAUACGCUGCAGACGAUGAACCCGUCACGAUGGAAGGCGAGCUCUCUCCAUCGUUGGUGGGAGAAUCACAAGCUCAAGGGCGAGGCUGGGUAUAAUCUACUCGCUACUCUCUUCGAAUACGAUCCUGGAAAGCGCCUGACGGCCUACCAAGCACUCCACCAUGCCUGGUUCAAUGAAGAGCCACUUCCUAACCACAACGUCUUUUUCUCCACUCGCGAGACCUAUCCACAGAGACGCAUCUCGGAUGAUGCACCGAGCAUGCUCGGCGCGCCAACAGCCUCUCGACCAAAUAGUGGGACUGUACAUGCCGGAAAACCGCCAAUCGUCAAUAUGCCACGCAAGAGACAACGAAUCGAAUAG